GCGACCCAACAGCAGACCCACAGGGAUACUGAUCGGAGGCGGUGUCUUCUAGUUCUAGCCGCAACGCAACCGCAGCAGCCCCACGCCACGCCACGCACCGCGGCGCCCGUCCAUCUUCUUCUCCAACUAGUGGUGGCAGGGCGGCCGCAACCGCUCACCCACCACUCCUUCCCCAAAUUUCUCCGCAUUCAUAGCGCUCCACUUCCCUGCCUGCUCGUUAGAGAGCGACGCCGCCCGGCCCGACGCACCAAAGGGACGAGAGCGAGAGGAGGCCAAGCCAAGCAGCAGCUGCGGCAGAGGACAGACAGGCGCCGCAAUGCAGGGCUCCAAGACCAAAUCUGGCUCCGCCGAGGCGAAGAGCAACGGCAAGCCGAAGCCGGACAAGGAGAAGAAGGGCGGCGGCGGCGGUGGCGGCGGCACGCCGCCAACACCCAAGGACAGCAGACCGCGCAAGCCGGCCGUGCCCAAAGCGAGCGCCGCCGGCCAUGGCACGCCGCGCUCCGCCGACAAGUCUCCCGGCUCGGGCUCGGCCGACCGCAAGGCGCCCACUCCCAAGGCCGCCGCCGCCUCCCGCCUCGCCACGCCUCCGGAGAAGCACGGGGGCAAGCCUGCGAAGCCGCCGCAGGAGCAGCAGCAGGCGGCCAAGCCUGCUCAGGAGCUGCAGGCGCAGCUUGCCGCGGUCCGAGAAGAGCUCGUGAAGGCCAAGGAGCAGUUGGUGGAGAACGAGAAGGAGAAGUGCAGAGUCCUUGCGGAGCUGGAGCGUUGCAAGAAGGCGGCUGAUGAGGCCAAUGCCAAGCUGUGGGAGGCGCAGGAGACUGAUAAACUCCCUGCCGGUGAGUCGGAGCAGGCAAGCUUGCACGGCCAGCAGGAGGCUGAUGCUGCUGCGCUGCGGUCGACAGUGGAGCAGCUUGAGAAGGCCAGGUAUGAGCUGGCCGACGCAAUUGAUGCCAAGAAUGAAGCGCUCAGCCAGCUAGAUGAUGCUGUUAGGGCCUCUGAGGUGAAGGCUCAGGACCUUGAGCUUCUCACUGUGGAGGUUAAGCGCCUCAAAGAGCUGGUUGAUUUCAAGAUGGAUGGCAAAGGGAAGAAGGCUGCAGUGAUGAUUCAGAAUCUUGAAGCAGAGAACUCUGCAUUAAAGCUCGAGCUUGAGAAAGCAAAGGCUGCUGAAGAGAAGGCAGUUCAAUUGGAGCGCUUGGUUAAUGAACUUAAGAGUGAUGCUGAUGAUGCUAGGAAGUCUGGUUCCGAGUCGGAGCUGUUAGCUGAUGAAUGGCAGAAGAAGGCAGAGCUGCUUGAGGUCAGAUUGGAAGAGGCUGAUCAGUCUAAUAUUUUGAAGGGUGAGUCUUUGAAUUCAGCAAUGGAAGAAUUGGAUUCAACAAGUAGUUUGCUUCGUGAUAGAGAAUCUGAAGUUGCUGCUCUUCGGGACAAAGUCACGUUCUUGGAGGAUGAGCUGGCAAAGCUCAAGGGUGAUAUUGAUGUGUCGGGCAAACGGGCCAAUGCUGCAGAGAAAGAGGCGGCAGAUCUAUGGACAGAGGUUGAAGGGCUUAGGUUGAAGCUCCGUACAGCUGAAGAAGCGAAAAUGGAGGCCCUGAACAGUGAUAAAAAUAUAGAGACCUUGAAUGAACAGAAGCAGCAGCUGGCUGAUGAGCUUGAAGCUACCAAAGAUGAGCUUGAGAAAGUUAAGAAGGCAAUGGAUGGUCUGGCCUCAGCCUUACAGGAAAUGUCAGCUGAAUCGAGAGAGGCGCAGGAGAAGUACCUUCUCAAACAAGAUGAGAUUGAGCGUGCUCAGGCACAGGUAGAGGAGCUUAACUUGAGUCUGAAGAAUACUAAGGAGAACUACGAGCUAAUGCUUGAUGAAGCAAACUAUGAGAAGGUUUGCCUUACGAAAUCAGUUGAAAGACUGGAAGCACAAGCUAAGAGUGCGCAUGAGGAAUGGCAGUCCAAAGAGCUAAGCUUUGUCAGCUCUAUUAAGAAUUCAGAAGAAGAGGUAGUCGCUAUCAGAGUUCAGAUGGACAGGACCUUGGAGGUUGUUAAGGAGAAAGAAAAUGAAAACACUGAGUUGCAAGAAAAGCUGCAGCAGCUUGAGUCUCAGCUGAUGGAAGCUAACAGAAUCAGGGAGGUAGCUGAUGCUGAAACUAUCCAAUGGAAGGAGAAGGUAUUAGACCAAGAGAAUGAAUUGCAGAACAUAAAACAGGAGAAUGAUGACCUGCAGGCAAAGGAAUCAGCUGCUUCUGAGAAGAUUAAGCAACUCGCUUCCCAGCUUGCAAAUGCAAAAGAUGGCACGAUAAAUGGUAACACCAAGGAAGGAGAUAAUGAGAAGGGGGACACUGAAGAUGAAGAUGAACCUGUUGUGGUAGUUUCCAAAAUGUGGGAGAACAGCAAGUUUGCUGACUAUGAUUCAUCUAAGGAGAAGGAGAAUGAUGGUGAGUCACAGGUUGAUUUGGAAUCAAACAAGGGGGAUGCAGGUCUCGACGGCAAUGGGCUGCACUCAGCUAAGGAGAGCAGUGGCAAGACAUCACCAACUAAACAGCACCAGCAGCAUAAGAAGAAGCCUUUGCUGAAGAGAUUCAGUGGUUUGCUGAAGAAGAAAGGCGAAAAUUAGCAUAAAACCAUUUUAUGAUAAUUCUUUGUUCUGUCCUUUGUGACAUAUUUCUUUGACUAGCCAUCUAGUUCCUGAGUCUUCUUCCCCCAUGUUAUGGUAACUCAAAUGAUGGAUGCUUCAAAGAAUACAAAAUGUCGACUGUAUUUACAUAAUUGCAUCCGCCGAGUUCAUGUCUUACAUUUUUGUAUGUUUGAUGAUCAUUUGUAUGCCAGCUCUUGUAAGUGUUUAUUAUAUGCUUGGUUAAUGUUGCUGUCUGUGAGGCAGAGAUUUUUGAA